UGUGGAGCGGCUGCCUAAAGGAAGCCUAGUUGCUACAGCGUCGUCCCUAGUGUCUUACCAGGCAAGAAAUAUGGAGGAAAUAGAAGAAUCUCCUCCUGUUUCUGAAGACCUGCUGCCCUGCAAAAUAUGUGGAAGAAACUUUUUUUCAAGGGUUCUUAAGAAACAUGUGCUAAUCUGCCAGAAGACAGCAGCAAAGAAAAGGAAGGUUUUCGACUCCUGCAGGCAAAGGGCAGAGGGGACCGACAUUUCUACAGUCAAACCCAUAAAACCAAAGUUGCAAAGUUCUUCCAGCAGCUCUAAGUCUGAUAAACCUGAACCACCGAAGAAACAGUCCAAUUGGCGCCGAAAGCAUGAAGAAUUCAUUGCCACCAUUCGCGCUGCUAAAGGUUUAAAUCAAGUCAUGAAAGAUGGUGGACCCCUUCCUCCACCCCCUCCUCCAUCCUAUGAUCCAGAUUAUAUCCAGUGUCCCUAUUGCCAGCGACGCUUCAGUGAGAAUGCAGCAGAUCGCCACAUCAAGUUCUGUAAAGAGCAAGCAUCCAGAAUCUCCAACAAGGGCAAGUUUCCUGGGAGUGAUAAAGCCAAACCGCCAGCCAGGACUCAGUACAAACCUCCACCAAAGGCAAAUUCUCCCGCUGUAUCCACAGUGUCUUCUCGUCUACCUCAGCGCUCAGCAUAUGGGCAGAGUGCUGGCACAGGUAUUCCUAGCAGCAAAACCUCAUCCACUGGCUUAGUGAAGAGCAUAUCAUCAGGAUACUCUCCAUUACGGAACUCCUCCUCUGGCUUGACCAGCCCUCCCUCCGAAGGGAAUAUGAAACCCAAGGGCAUGGUUUCACAAAGCUCGCUGAGAAAUCCACCUUCUGGAAUAGGGAUGAACAAGAAGAAGGUCCAAAAUGCAGACAACUGUAUUUCAAGGAAUGAUGUGAAAAAUGAAAAUGAAAUCAAUUUUUCCACAACGGGCACCAAGUUUUGCCAUGAGUGUGGGACCAAGUACCCUGUGGACUGGGCCAAGUUCUGCUGUGAGUGUGGAGUGAAACGAAUGUGCAUUUAAUAAGUACACAUAAUAGUAAGACUGACUCACUGUAGCCUAAAAAAACUGAGUAUUCCUUUCCAACCCAAGAACUAGUGUACUUGGCAAAUCCUUGUGCUGUACAAAUAUUUCACUUGCAAUCUGCUUUUGUUUCUAUAGAAUGAAUCCCAUCUCAACCUUCUGCUGUUUUUUUUUUUGUUUUUUUUUGUAAUAUGAAAGUGCAAUAUGAUUGGUUACUGCUACAAAAGUAGUAGUAUUAUCACCGUUAUAGUUAUGAUUAAAAUAUUGAUAUGUUAAAUUGAUCUAGGCUUUAAAAUGGGACCAUAUCACACACAAAAUGCAACUAUUCUAAUGUUAACAGGUCAAUGUCUUAUUGUAGUGUCAUUUUGAGGGAAUUCAAAUGCUAUCGUUGUUUUACUUAAA